CAUUCAAAGAUCCAAAAUGUUCCGAAGGUUGCUGAGCCACAGCCAGGAAACUCUAAUCUAAUUUGACGCUAACUUUCAUCCAAUUGGAAUAUUAUUAUAUCUCUUUUAAGAUAUCACAUUUGAUUCUUCUCAAUUUUAUCUGUGAUUCUCUCCUUGUACCUUUGUUUUUUCUUUUUAAUAAUAUUUGGAAAUUUUAUUUUAUUGCCUUUUAUCUUUGGUCAAUUUUCACUGUCUCUCCUUGAUGAUCAUUUUACCAUCUGGGUGAGUUAAUUUGAGAGUGUUGUGCUGAUUUCUUCUUAAAAGCUCAAAAGGGUCUUCUGGGUUUGAUCGAACAAGCAAAAGUGUCUCUUGUCAUUUCAACGCUACCAGAUGCCAGAAAACCGGCAGGUUCUGAGGAAUGCUGAUUCUACUCCUUCUGGUGAUAACAUUGAAGGUGUUGCAGAUUUUUCUGGUGACUGAUUUUCCUUUUUGGGGUGGUCAUGAUUCAUGGUUUAAAUGGUUCUGAUCAUCAUUUAAUGUUGUUCUGCGAGGAAAUAGAUUUUAGAUUAUCUUUACUCUACGAUCUUGUUUCAUUAUAUGAUACGAUGCCUUUGUUUUUAUGGUACGAUGGUUUUGAUUUGAAGAAUUUUGAUAAUUCACACAAUGUAUUGUUAGUCUUAUGGGGAUUUUUGAAAACAUGGCUUAACUUGUGUGAGUGAAAAAUGUUAAGAAAAUUGUUGUGUUUUCUUCCCUAAACUCAAGUGUUGUGCUUGAUCACACAUGGGUUUGCAUAAUUGAUGCAACAAAGUAUCGCUGGCAUGUUUUGAUCUUAAAUCUUUUAACCACAAUAGUGUGCUUUAUGAGAAGCAAUUCGACGUUUGAAAAUCAAUGACAAUCGGGAUAGAGAUGCUGCAGCUCAAUCUACCCAAUAUCCGGAUCGACCCGGUGAACCUGAUUGCUUGUAUUAUUUGAGGACUGGAAUGUGUGGUUAUGGGAGUAACUGUCGCUACAAUCACCCUGCUCAUGUUUCCCUUGGUACUCAUUAUGGCGAAGAACUCCCUCAGAGAGUUGGGCAACCUGAUUGUGAGUAUUUUCUUAAGACAGGGACAUGCAAGUAUGGAUCAACAUGUAAAUAUCAUCAUCCAAAGGACAGGCGAGGUGCUGCUCCUGUGUUAUUCAAUACUUUAGGUCUUCCGAUGCGUCAGGAAGAAAAAUCGUGUCCCUAUUACAUGAGAACUGGAUCCUGUAAGUUUGGAGUUGCUUGCAAGUUUCAUCAUCCACAGCAUGCUUCCUUUGGAGCAUACCCGUUGGCUGGAUCUCCUGCUUCAACGAUUAUUCCUACAUCAGGUUUGCCAUAUGUUGGUGGGUUUCCUGCAUGGUCAGUAUCAAGAAUGUCGUAUUUAUCUGGGCAGGGCCUUCAAUCUUAUGUGCCUCCUUUUCUGUCUUCUUCACAAGGCAUGAUACCUGCGCCGAGCUGGACCAACUACAUGGGAAGUAUGAACGCUGCAAUCCCUACCGGUUUUCUUGGAUCUAAUCUUGUUUACGAUUAUAUGAAUCCGAGCGAGUCACUUUCUGGCGGGCAAGUAUUAAAUUCAGCUCUCCCAGAUAGACCUGAUCAACCAGAAUGUAGAUACUUCAUGAGCACUGGGACAUGCAAAUAUGGAUCUGAUUGCAAGUUUCACCACCCAAAAGAAAGGAUAGCUCAAUCGUUAAUAAAUCCACUUGGCCUUCCUGUGAGACCUGGGCAGGCUAUAUGCUCUUACUACAGAAUCAAUGGAAUAUGCAAGUUUGGCCCUACAUGCAAAUUUGAUCAUCCAGUUUUGGCUAUCCCUCAGAACUAUGGCUUGACCUCACCUACUCUAACUGUAAUUGAUGCAUCUCUCAUUAGUAAUCCAAGAGGGUUAUCAACUGUUCAACCAUCAGAGACAUCUCCAUCUAAAGUAUCAAGUGACAAGCUUCAGCAUUCUGAUACAAAAGCUGCUGCAGAAGAUUCAUCCAAACAAGUUGAUACUACAUCAAAUUCCCUCCCACCAUCCUCAGAGUCUUUACAUGACUAAACUGCUUCAAGUUUGAUCUUUCUUUGGGACAUUUUUUCUUUCCAUAUUUUAAGGAGAAAUAUAUAUCAUACAUACCAUCUGUUCCCCCCUUUUCACCUGCAAUUCUGUGGAGUUGGAUAGUUUGUUCAAAGGUUGUUCUUACAACCACUAGCUUGUGGGGGAUGGAAGGCAUUUUUUGUGGUGAAUAAAAUGCAGGUAGAAAGUUUGUGACCUUUCAUUUAUCUUUUUCUCUCUCUUAGGGUCAGAUUGGUACACACUUAAAAGUGCUGGAUGAAAAACUCAGGGAUGUAUGACAAACUUUUCAGUAAUUUUUUACAUCAUUU